UCCGUGCGGCGGCAGCAGAGGCAGCGUCGGCUGUGGCCACUGCAGGGUGGGAGGGGGCGGACCGCCUGGCGGGUGGGGGCGCUGGGACUUGGCUACGACUCCCGUCCGAGGUGUCUGGGAGCGUUUCGGAUCUCGAAGCCCUGCGCGAGCAGCGAACGAGUUGGGGAGCCAACGAGCGCCGAGCGAACAGCGGGUGGAGCGAAGCCGUCGAGCGGAGCGGGCUGGGAGCCCGGGUCUCGGAGGCUCGGGACCCGGCUCCAGUCGCGGCGGGGCGGCGAUGUUCCACUGCAUCCCCCUGUGGCGGUGUAACCGUCAUGUGGAAAGCAUCGACAAGCGCCACUGCUCGCUGGUCUAUGUCCCCGAGGAGAUCUACCGCUACGCCCGCAGCCUGGAAGAACUGCUGCUGGACGCUAAUCAGCUCCGCGAGCUGCCCGAGCAAUUUUUCCAGCUCGUCAGAUUACGAAAGCUUGGACUUAGUGAUAAUGAAAUUCAGCGGCUCCCUCCAGAAAUAGCAAACUUCAUGCAGCUGGUGGAACUUGAUGUGUCUCGAAAUGAUAUUCCUGAAAUUCCAGAAAGCAUCUCAUUCUGUAAAGCACUCCAGAUAGCUGACUUCAGCGGAAACCCACUGACCAGAUUGCCAGAGAGCUUUCCUGAAUUACAGAAUUUAACAUGUCUUUCUGUAAACGACAUCUCGCUGCAGUCCCUGCCUGAAAAUAUUGGCAAUCUUUACAACCUGGCCUCCCUGGAACUGAGAGAGAAUCUUCUUACGUAUCUUCCCGAUUCUCUUACCCAGCUACGGAGACUAGAAGAACUUGAUUUAGGAAACAAUGAAAUAUAUAAUUUGCCAGAAUCAAUCGGAGCUCUCAUGCAUCUAAAGGAUCUCUGGCUGGAUGGGAAUCAGCUGUCAGAAUUACCUCAGGAAAUAGGAAAUCUGAAGAACCUGCUUUGCUUGGAUGUUUCAGAAAACAGGUUGGAACGACUUCCUGAAGAAAUUAGUGGCCUGACUUCAUUAACAGAUUUAGUCAUUUCACAGAACUUACUAGAAACGGUUCCCGAUGGCAUCGGAAAACUGAAGAAACUGUCCAUCUUGAAGGUGGAUCAGAAUCGACUCUCCCAGUUGCCUGAGGCAGUUGGGGAUUGUGAAAGCCUCACAGAAUUGGUUCUGACAGAAAAUCGGCUCCUGACUUUACCUAAGAGCAUUGGAAAACUUAAGAAGUUGAGCAACUUGAAUGCAGACAGGAAUAAAUUAGUGUCUUUACCAAAAGAGAUUGGUGGAUGCUGCGGCCUCACUGUGUUCUGCGUGCGUGACAACAGGUUAACUCGGAUACCUGCUGAGAUGUCACAGGCGACAGAACUUCAUGUCCUGGACGUGGCAGGGAACAGGUUGUUGCAUCUGCCUUUAUCCCUGACCACCUUGAAGCUGAAGGCUCUUUGGUUAUCUGACAACCAGUCCCAGCCUCUGCUCACGUUCCAGACGGACACAGACCACACCACAGGGGAGAAGAUUUUAACCUGCGUCUUACUUCCUCAGCUGCCUUCUGAACCUACUUGCCAAGAGAAUCUGCCUCGCUGUGGUGCUCUGGAGAACUUGGUGAAUGAUGUCUCCGAUGAAGCCUGGAAUGAGAGUGCAGUAAACAGAAUCAGUGCAAUCCGAUUUUUAGAUGACGAACUAGAUGAAGACGACAAUCAAGCGAGAACACUUCUAAGGCGAGCCACUCCGCACCCAGGGGAGUUAAAGAGCAUGAAAAAGACAGUGGAGAAUUUACGGAACGACAUGAAUGCUGCUAAAGGACUGGAUUCCAACAAAAACGAGGUCAACCAUGCCAUGGACCGAGUGACCACUUCUGUGUAGCGUUUCACCUGGGCGUUUUACCUCUUGUGUCUUCCCUUGCUGUGGAGACGUUCCCAUUCCCGCUGCUCUGGGGAGCCUCCUGCAGUCCUUCGUCUUAACCAGAACCUGGCGCAUCCUCUCUCAAGUGGCAGCGUUGGGAUGCUGCUCUCUCAAAGGAAGUGCCUUACUCUAACCUAUCCACCGGGCUUUGCACCAGUCAUCUCCUGGCCUGAUUUUUUUUUUUUUUUUUUUCAGUUGUUUGUAAUAAGUAGAAUACACUACUGUUGACAUCUGACCUUUGUUUUUGUCUUAUGUUGGGAUAAGGGAGAGCAGGAAUGGGAAUUUUUGCUCUCUUCUCUUCCAUAUGUACUGGAACAUUUUGGACCCAAGUUCUCUUGGACCUACUGAUAAGAGAUAGUUUUAUGUGUGGGAGCGAAAACUGAUACUUUUAUAAACCCUUUUUUGGCAGCUCAGAUGGUGUAAAUUUUAACAAUUUUGUAUAGGAAUUUCAUAACAAAAAUAUAUGUAUUUUCUUUUUUUGGUUGUUGUUAUUUUAUCAUGGAAACGGUACAUAUUUUAGUAUCUGCGCAGGAAAAAAAAAGAAAAACAGUCCUAAAGUAUUUGUUUUUAUUUGUACCAUCCACUGUGCCUUAAUGUAACCUGUGUCAUGUCAGACCCAUUGUAAACAGUGGCCUCUGUGAGCAGGAAGAUGAGGAUUGGAAUGUGGUACUUUCAAAGCAGUGUUUGAUUGUAAUUAGAAAUCUACCUGGUGGAUUUGUUUCUAACCAAAAAGAAUUACCACUGAUUUGUAAAUUAUUUCAACUGAUUUUUUUUUCCUUGAAGUUGAACCAAAGGAUUGAAAUACUUAUUUGUCAUUUCUUACAUGUUAGCUUUUCCUGAGUUAAGUCACUUAUAAUGAGUGCUGUCUCCGACUGCACCCGCUCCAAAGGUUAUGUGCCAUUUGUAAAACAGAACAGAGAAGAGAAGCACAAAAAAGGAAAACAGGCUCAGAAACUCAGUGGGUAAAUAAAUUAUGUACUGAAAAGGAAGUUAUGAUUCUUACUGAAGAAAGCUUUGAGAGUUUUAGAUCCAGAUCCCAAACCAUAAUAAAGCAAAAUAGCC